AGGGAGGGGCGGCGGGAGCCGGGCUUUUACAGCCAGCGCCUCCGGGCCGGGGGCGAGGCCCCCGCCUGGCCCGGGGGAGCGCCGGGGGCUGCGGUUGUUGGCCUUCUGUGUGGAUGGCUUCAGAGAACGUUUCAGGAGUAGGGGAUGAGGUGGAAGGCAGCUGAGUUCUCUCGUGCCCUGCCGAGACGAAAUGCCAUUCCCGCUUGCGGCGGACGGAAGCCAUGGCCAUGUGUAACAUGGGAGGGAAAGGCACGGCUGGACCAUGUGGCGUGACUCGUUCAGACUGCAGCUCUUCUGCCUGCUCAUGGCAGUGCUGGCUGUCGUGGUGCUGGUCCAUAACUUUUUCCAGUUAGAGCACUUGGAUAAUGACACAGUUUCAGGAUCGAAUUGGAUAACAGAAAACAAUGUCCAGCAUCCUCUGUCCCAGGCAGCCAAAACCACCAGGAAGCCUUACUGUGGGUACGAGGAGCAGACCUUGUCCAAACGGGAACAAGCAGAGCAGGAAUCCUUGCUUGCUGCAGUACAGUGGCCAAAGCCCCCUGAUGGCAAAAUCCCCUUUGCGCAGAGCACUGAUCCCACACACAGUGACUUUGUGAUUGUGAAACCCGACAGGUUCUUCAAGGUGGGUGAUCAGUUGGAGGUACUCGUUCGCAUGAAGGAUUUCCAAGGAAAACCCAAACAGUACGGUGGAGACUAUUUACUAGCACGAAUUCACUCUCCUGGCCUGAAAGCUGGAGCAGCAGGAAGGAUUGUAGAUUGCCACAAUGGCCUUUACAAAGUCUUCUUUACCUUGCUUUGGCCAGGAGAGGUCAAAGUUUCUGUGUCGCUUGUCCAUCCGAGUGAAGCCAUCCAAGUCCUCGUGCGUUUGCGCGAGGAAAGGCCGGACAGAGUCUACUUCAAAAGCUCCUUCAAGUCUGGGAGGUACUCAGAGACUACAGAGUGCAACGUUUGCCUGCCUGCAGGUCUCCCAGUCUGUAACUUCACAGAUCUCUACACGGGUGAGCCGUGGUUCUGUUACAAGCCUCGGAAACUGUCCUGUGCCAGCCGAAUCAACCAUGCCAAAGGCGGAUAUCUGAAAGGGCUUCUGACACAAGAGGAAAGCCUCUUUUUCCAAAGUGAUGUGAAUAUCAAAAGGCCAGUACUCUCCAGUGGACCUGAUUCAGUCAUUGUAAAGCCCACAGCAUUUACAGAUUCAAGCAGUAUGGGCAGAGCUGAAGAUCCCACAGCUUCCCCUUCUGGUUAUUAUUAUGAAGACCAGUGGAGGUCCAGAACACAUUGGAUCCAUAAUUUUAACAAAUCAGAGGAUAUAACUGAGUGCUUACAAGGAAAAGUAAUCCACUUGUUUGGAGACUCUACAAUAAGGCAGUGGUUUGAAUAUUUGACAGCAUUUGUUCCAGAUCUGGUGGAAUUUAACCUGGGCAGCCCGAAGAACGUGGGCCCUUUCAUGUCGGUGGACCUGAAGCACAACAUCCUGCUGAAGUUCCGCUGCCACGGGCCGCCCAUCCGCUUCUCCACCGUGUUCAGCAGCGAGCUGCGCUACAUCGCCAACGAGCUCGACAGCAUCGUGGGCGGCAGGAACACCGUGGUUGCCAUCACCAUCUGGUCCCACUUCAGCACCUUCCCCGUGGAGGUGUACAUCCGCCGCCUCAGGAACAUCCGCAGGGCCGUGCUGCGGCUGCUGGACCGCAGCCCCAAGACUGCCAUCGUCAUCAGAACAGCCAACGUGCAGGAGCUGGGGCCGGAAGUGAGCCUCUUCAACAGUGACUGGUAUUCCUUUCAGCUUGAUUCUGUCAUGAGGAAAAUGUUCUCAGGAAUUGCUGUGCACUUUGUGGAUGCUUGGGAGAUGUCUGUGGCUCAUUACUCGCCACAUAACCUGCACCCUAAUGAAAUAAUUGUUAAGAAUCAAAUAGAUGCGUUUUUAUCUUACGUGUGUCCUCUGCAAACUUAGCACAAAUGGGUGUCCCUAUGUCGCCUUUUGCUAUAGCCCAAGUACAGCUGCUCUUUUGAGCUGUGGAAUGAGGCUGGAUGAUAUGGAGAACUCUGGACACUGUACUUGCAUGCAGGAUAAGUGGGGUGGCCUUAAAGUCUGGGUAGCUGUGAAAGGGUGGUAAAGAGGAGUUGACUCUUCAGGCCAUAUCUUCCUGCAAGGUUGAUUCCUUCAAGCUUAUCAUUCAUACCUGAGAUUAUUCGAGAGCACCUUAAAUUAAAUUGGCAGGAUUCAAUAAGA